AUGGUUGCAUGGCUGCUGUGCGCCGCGGCGCUGAUCGCUUGUGUCGUUCUGCGCCUCUAUUCCCUCCUGCCCAAAGGGACAAUUCAUAAGGCUCGGAUCCGGCCAGGGACGCAGUCAUGCAGUCUAGCCGUAUUUCUGGGGUCAGGGGGACAUACCAGCGAGGCCUUGACGCUGGUGUCGUCGCUUGAUUUUACCCGCUACUUUCCCCGGACAUAUAUUGUUAGUGAAGGUGACAUACUCAGCGCUCGCAAAGCAGCCGCGCUCGAGCGGGUGAAAGCCGCGGUUUCUCCUCCAUAUUCUGUCCAUGCACCAUAUAGAAUCUUGACAAUCCCACGGGCGCGUAGGGUGCACCAGACACUCCUCACAACUCCUCUGACCGCCGCCUGCUCGCUCCUCGCGUGCCUCUAUCAUGUUACCUUAUGUCCGAUCUGGACUAGUGCGCCUUUGGCGGAGGUCUUGCUCCUUAAUGGUCCAGGUACCUGCUUUGUGCUCUGUGUCGCAACGUACUUCAACCGAUUACUGGGUCUUCCGUCGCCUAGGUUAAUUUACAUUGAAUCGUUUGCACGUGUCCGCUCGCUAUCGCUCUCAGGCAAGCUUCUCAGACCCUUUGUCGAUAGGUUUGUCGUACAGUGGGAGACUCUCCUGCAAAGGGACAAGAGAGGCGAUUAUCGAGGAUGGCUGGUCUGA